CUCCUCCCCCUCAGCGCUCGCGCGAACACACUGAUGCUGUGCGGCUGAACAUCGCGCACACGCUGGUCAUGGCGGACGGUCUCCUCUUCGUCUAAAUAAAGAACAUAGCCUUUCCUCCUCCAGAGAAACUCAUUAUUAAACAUAACUACUUAAGAUAUCAUAUUGGAAGAAAUACGCGUCAUUCUGGUCGAGGUGAAUUGGGUCUGAGAUCAGAAUGACCAAUGAAGAACCUCUCCCGAAGAAGGUUCGCCUUAAUGAAUCUGACAUGAAGACCCUGACUCGAGAGGAGCUGUGCACAAGGUGGAAACAGCAUGAAGUUUAUGUCCAGAUGCUUGAGACGAAAUAUGCUGAUUUAAACUCCAAUGAUGUGACGGGCCUGAAAGAGUCUGAGGAGAAGUUGAAGCAGCAACAGCAGGAAUCUGCUCGCAGGGAGAACAUUCUGGUGAUGAGGCUUGCUACUAAAGAGCAGGAAAUGCAAGAGUGUACAACCCAAAUCCAGUACCUGAAGCAAGUCCAGCAACCGAGUGCGGCUCAGCUGAGAACGUCCAUGGUGGACCCAGCCAUCAACUUGUUUUUCCUCAAAAUGAAGGCUGAACUGGAACAGACUAAAGACAAACUGGAGCAAGCCCAAAAUGAACUGAGUGCCUGGAAAUUUACACCUGAUAGCCAGACUGGUAAGAAGCUGAUGGCGAAAUGUCGCAUGCUGAUCCAGGAGAAUCAGGAGUUGGGCAGGCAGCUGUCUCAGGGGCGCAUCGCCCAGCUGGAGGCCGAGCUCGCCUUGCAGAAGAAGUACAGCGAAGAGCUCAAGAGCAGCCAAGAUGAGCUCAAUGACUUCAUCAUUCAGCUGGAUGAGGAAGUGGAGGGCAUGCAGAGCACAAUCCUGGUUCUUCAGCAGCAGCUGAGGGAGACCAGGCAGCAGGUGUCUCAGUUGAACUCCCAAGGCACUUCUAGUGGAGCUGGUCCAAGCAGAACUUCACCUUCGGCGGCCUCUGAACCUUCCAUUCAAAGCGAAUCUGCGAACGCCACCGGCUCAAACGUUACGAAAGACUGCGGAAGGGUUUCCAACGGACCCUCCAACGGGAACUCAUCUCAGAGGGGUGCGUCUGGGGCCAGUCUAUAUAGGGAAGCGAGCAGUGCAGAUGAAGAUUACCCACCAUCGCCAUCUGUCUCCAGCCCGUCUCAUGGUGGCAUGUCGAAACUUUCCAACCACUCAGAAGUUGCAGUGAGCCAGAGGGGCGGAGAAGGGUACGUGACUCAACUAAGUGCAGGCUAUGAGAGCGUGGACUCACCAACGGGCAGUGAGACGUCAGUGACCCAGCACUCGAACGAUACAGACUCCAAUGCUGACUCCCAUGAGGCCGCUGCUGUCUCCAAAGGCAGCAGGACUGCUGGUAUGCGGUACAGCACUCAGAAUGGCCUGGACUCAUCUGCAGCAACAGUUGCCACCAAUGCCUCCACAGGGUCUUUGUAACAUUCUGAAAGUUUCGUUUUUUUUUUUUUUUUUUUAAGUCAUGACAAAAAAGGAAAUCGCACCUUCAGGCCAGUUAGUUCUUGUUUGAGAAAUGGUCAAAUGCAUCACUUUUGUUUUGUACCCAACCUUCCAUCACAACAUAUUACAGUGCAUUUGCGACAUGUUCAAAGCUGAUUACGUUUAUAAAAUGAGCAACAUUGCGUUUGUAUAUUUGAAUUCAUUUUUUUUAAUGAAUGACUUUUAAACCAUUUUUUUCUCUGUCAGAUAUGAACAUUUGGUUCUGUACUGUUCAUUUGCUGACUUGUUAGAACUCGGAAAUCAUUUAGCUACGUGUGAUGUAUCAUAAUGCUCAAUUAAGUCUUGAAGCUGCAAGUUCAGAGAGUCCUUAGUUUCCUGAUGUUGAACUUUUCUUUUGUUCCUCUACAUGACGAGAAAAAACAUUUAGUUUGACUUGUGUGUAGUUUGAGAUGUAUCUUGUUAAAAUCUGAUUUCAAUCCUUUUCAUGUACUGACCAAAUAUCAAUAAAGAAUUUUAAUAUGACUCAAA